AUGAGCCUAGAGGCUCCGCUUUUGCAUACAAAGCCAAACAAGCAGCUAGAAUCCAAUGGGGUUGCUGGACUGACGGGCGCCCUGGGAUCGACCUUCCGAACUAAGCAGUUUCGUCGACCCCAGUACGCAGUGGUUCUAAUUCUCGCUCCUGUGAAUGAGUCGUUCGAAAAAAAGAGCCUGGUAGUGCCGUUUUAUCCGGAAGUCUUGAAAUUAGGCCGCCAGACGAAUAUAAAGACAAUGGCUAGUCCUGAGAAUGGCUUUUUCGACUCCAGAGUUUUAUCUCGCCAGCACGCAGAGCUCUGGGCUGAUAGAGCCACCGGGAAAGUUUGGCUCAAAGACUGCAAGAGUUCAAAUGGUACCUACCUUAACAAACAACGUCUCAGCGGAGAAAACACGGAGAGCGACCCCUUCGAAUUGAAAAAGAAUGACCUCCUGGAUCUCGGAAUAGAUAUUGCAUGUGACGAUAAAUCUUCGGUUGUCUACAAAAAGAUUUCUGCUCGAGUAGAACGCGUAUCCAUGAUGCCGCUACACGUUACGCCUACCACCACCUCAGCGGGCACAAAAGCCAACGCCACGUCCGCGCUCCCUUCAAGUUUUGGUUCCUCCUCCGCAGCAAACGGCGAAGCGGCUGGGCUUAAUGGAUCGUCUGGACCGGCACUGCCUCAACGCCCAUCAAUAUCAAGAUCUCCAUCUUUGGCAACCCUUAAAGCCUCUGAAGCCGACAACGAAUACGCAAACUCCAUCUUUGGGGCACCGAACGCUUCGCUCGAAACUAUAGCUUUAUUACACGCCCGGAACACAGUGGGUGGAAUGGUAGUCAAACCAGAUAUCGUUGCCAGUGUCGAGUUUGAAUUGGCUACCAAACGGCUGGUAUCCGAAAUAAACGCCGCCAAGGUCGACACGGCAAAGAUCAGCUCGGUCAAAUCGCUGCUCAAGGAUAUUCAGUCUCAUCAGGCGGCAGAAAAUCCCGAAGUAGCCAGCUUGAAAGAGCAGGUAAAGAAGUUGAGAUACGAAAAUGCUACGCUGCAGGCAGCUCUAGUCCGAUUCAAAACUCAGCACCCUCCCCAAGCCCACGUUCGAUCCCGAAAACCCAAAGAAAAACUCUUCAAGCCAUCGGAUGUUAAUAAUUUUGUCCUGCUUAUUGUUACAACUAUUCUCAUGGUGCUCACAGGGUUUUCGGUUAUGAUAUUUUUCAAUCCACCCACGGGCUGA